AUGGGUGUUUUAUUUGGGAUCUGUCAGGUCAUUGCUGCUUCUGGAGCUGUGAAGCAUGAGGAAAUUGUUGAGCAAGUAAAAAAAUUGUUCACAAAGUUGUCAUCAGAUCCCACCACAGCUACUCAGUUAGUUGCAAAAGAACCAACAGAUUUUACUGGUUCCGAGGUUAGGAUAAUUGAUGAUGAUAUUCCUUUGGCACAAUUCGCGGUUGCUUUUAGCGGAGCAUCUUGGACAGAUCCAGAUUCCAUUGCUCUGAUGGUCAUGCAGGCUAUGUUGGGUUCAUGGAACAAAAGUGCCAGUGGAGGAAAGCACAUGGGUUCUGAGCUUGCACAAAAGGUUGGCAUUAAUGAAAUUGCAGAGAGCACGAUGUCUUUUAACACCAAUUAUAAAGACACUGGUCUAUUUGGUGUUUAUGCUGUUGCUAAGCUGGAUUGCUUGGAUGAUUUAGCAUAUGCAAUAAUGUAUGAGACAACCAAGGUAUGUUAUCGAGUUUCUGAAGCUGACGUAACUCGUGCACGUAAUCAGAGUUCAAACUUCUGCAAACUAUGUGAUAAAGGAGAGAGGUUGAAUGGGAAAAUUUUAGAGCUCCCUGAAGGAUCAGAAAGAAGGGAAUACAUAAUCGGGGAUUUAGGCUAUUCUUUACUUCCCUAUCUUAUCAUCCCUUAUGAAGGGAAAGAACUCCCUGAGUCAAGAGCUGAAUUCAAUAGGCGGCAUCAUGCCACUCAGAUGGUGGCGCACGGGGCAUUGGCAAGAUUGAAAGACGUGGAGAAUUAUUCAAGGAGUGAUGUGGAGGCCUGA